AUGGACAUUAAAGCAUUUAGUACCAUCACGUUUAUGGAUUUGACUAUCUGCAGUUGUAGAGUUUGGAUAGAGGAUUCAAAUGGUAAUUACUUAGCCGGUGACCAAGGCCUCCAUGAUUGUAGUGAGGGUGAAGAUACAAAAUUUAGUUUUCCAGACCAAACGUACACGGUUCAUGCUAAAGUUGAAGCUAGUUUCGAGAAACAGAAAGUACGAGGACCUUUUAAUGGAGAUACCUGUUUUAGAAUACAUGGCACUGUAGAUGAUUGGAAAUUUACUCAAAGACCUUGUUAA